AUGCCGUGGCAACCACUACCCCGUAUCGCCUUUGCCGUCGCGACCUAUCCCUUCACUGCCGUCACCCCGGCCGACCUACCGCUUGAAAUCGGAGAUGAGCUGUAUAUUAUAGAAGAAACGUCAGACGGCAACUGGCUACGCGGCUACCUCGUCGCGCCUCCAAGCCUGCUUGCCGGUCUCACUUCGGUGAAGGGCCAGACCCUCGAAGCGAGAGUUUUCAGCGGUAUCUUUCCGCGAAGCUGCGUUGAGGUGAGGGAGAUGCUUGGCGAGCCGGACGAAGGCGACGAGGACGAGGACGGGAGUGAAGGUGAUAUCUCGAGGGGCGCGGUGAACGGUGGGAGUGAUUCCGCAAAGAGUGGGCUUGCUCCCAAUGCCGAUCGCAGGAAGCGGAGAGGCGUCGACAGGCAGAACUCCUUUGAAACUAGGUCUGGCGCGCCCAGGUUAAGCUACCUAUCUCAACGGAAUCCACCAAAUAGUACGUCAGGGGCCUCUCUGUCCAUACCCGUCCACCGGGACCCCAACGAGCCCCCACCGCCCGCUCCCGUGCCCAUGUUGAAAGUUGGCGACGAAAGCCCGACUUCCGCCCACGAGCCUCUAAUCGACGAGAUCGCAUCUUGCCUGCGCGAAUGGCACUCGACCAACCUCCACGAACUUCUUCUGACCCGCCAGUACUCCAAGCUCGACAAACUGUCCCACCUGAUAAACUCCCUGUACUUUGCCCGGCAGCAAUUUCUCCACAAUGUUUUGACUGCACACGAGUACGAGCGCUUACGCGAAAGGACUGUCUGGGAUCUCGUCAAGGUUAACAAACUCUGUGGUGGAGAGGUUAUCGUGCGAGACCCAUCCCAACGUGGAAGAGUACUGACAGGCGAUGACUCCGUUGUGGAAAUCACGAAGUUGCAGACAAUGAUGAGCCUGCUUGACGAACCCCCGCAGCCCAUCGUUGAACUGACUGCGUUGCAUCAUCUCAUGGUUGAUGUAAAGGGAUUCGCUGGUGCCUCUGCCGACGAGACCACCCUCGAGCUGUACCUUGUUGGAAAGCCAUUGGGCGAUGCCGUAUCGACACUCUCCGAGACUUUUUCUGUCAAGGUCCCUUCGGGAGGCUUCAUUGGGGCGAAUUCUAACCAUGCGCAGAUGAAAACACUCUUCGCCGAUCUCUCUGCCCAGGAUAUCGGCGACGUGCCCUCCGCUGAAUCAGAUCUCUUCCUUGUAGUCAAGGUACGCGCCAAGCAGCCCAUUGUAGCCGCUCAUCCUGGAUCACGCUCCGGGCCUGGCAUCCAGACACCCUUCUCGAAGGAUUCUUCCAGGCCGCCAGUCUCGUCUUCAAACAAGCAGUCCUCGAGGCGUAGCCUCAUGUGGAAUAAGGGGUCCAGGUCGGGGUUCUCUAGGGGCCAGAAUACCGCUAGGAUGGAGACUGUUUCUGAGCAACCCGAGCAACGGCCACCAACCACCGGCAUGGAGAGCCGGGAUGGCAGCUUCCCACCGAGUACUGCAGGUUCCAAGGCCCAAAAAUCUAUUGAUGGCGCCUCGACCUUUAGCGCUACCCGGACUAUCGGAAUCGGUAUUCUGCGCCUCAAUGCGAUUAUGAAGUACGAGGAGGAGGUCGAGCAAGUUGUCAGCAUUUUAUCCCCCGCCGCAGCCGCCCCCGCCCGUCCCAGCCAAGAUAAGCUGGAAAGCGGUGAAGAUUGGGAUUCGCUCGUUCGGGAGCUCAUGGAUAGCAAGCCUGGCCAGUACGAGAAAUCUGUUCGCUCCGAGCGCAUUCAGCUCAUUUUGAAGGGCUUCAACCACCCUGACGCAGACACAUUGAUCAAAUCCACUCCAACGCUGCUUGCUGGUGUGCGCAAGACGAACAAAAUGGGCUUCUCUGGAGCGCCCACGAAAGCCCGAUCCGACAUAUACCUGACUAUCGAUGGUGCUUCUCUUGCGAGACAGAACCUGCUGUCAAGAUUCGGCGCUAGCCCGUCUGCAAUUCCAAGCUCCAUGCAAGGCAAUAACCUGCAGGUGAUUCUCUCAGUACGACGGUCAUCUGGAGAGCGAAUCGAAAACUGCAUAUUCGCUUCGUCUAACGCAGAGGGUCUGACAACCUGGAAGUCCGUUGCCGUUGAACGAGGAGAGGCAUGGAAGCAGACGAUUCGUCUAUCAAUUCAACCGAACGAUGUUCCCGAUGCGCACGUGGUUAUGUUCUUGUCUGACGUUCCCAAUACGCCGUUCGCAGUGGCACACAUUCCGCUCUGGGACAAGCGUGCUUUCCGGAGGGAUGGUCCUCAUCCUUGCCUACUGUACAAGGUAGACGAACACACCUCCACGCCAAAGCCUGGCCCUUCAGGGAAGGGAGGCUAUCUCUCUCUGCCCUGGAGUGCGCGAGGCAAGGACGAACAGGUGGAAGUUACUGGCCCGGUUGCCACGCUCCGUGUCGAGACCUACCUCUGCAGCACCCGGUUUUCCCAAGAUAGAGUCGUCCUGGGUCUGCUCAAGUGGAAGGAGUCGAGGGACGAGAUUCCUGCCAUCCUCAAGCAGCUCAUCUUCGUGCCAGAAAUCGAGAUUGUCAAGCUUCUAAACGAUGUGCUCGAUGCCUUAUUUGCUGUUCUGGUCGAGUACUCUGGAAAUGGCGAGUACGAGGAUCUCGUGUUUACUGCCCUCGUCAGGGUCCUGGGCAUUGUGCAUGACAGGCGAUUCAAUCUCGGGCCUCUUGUUGAUCAUUACGCGGAAACGAGGUUUAACUACCCCUUCGCGACGCCUUGCCUUGUCCAGUCGUUCACAAGGCUACUUGAAAAGCCCACCGAACCCGAGACAUCCCGGAAACUGCGGGCGACGUUCAAGGUUGUCAGGCACGUUCUCAAAUUCAUCACCCAUGCCCGUGGUCAGCAAAAGGCCAAGGAAGCACAUUUGGGCAUUACUGCUACCACCCCCAGCUUUACUAGGAAUCUCAGAACCAUCUUCAAGGCCCUCGAUGCCAUGAUGCGAAACCCCGCCCCUGCUCUAAUCGGUAGUCAGACACUUGCCGUGCAACACUUCCAUACGUGGCUACCAGAGCUGGCGGGCCUCUUGACGACGGAAGAGAUACUCCAUAUUGCCAUUGACUUCAUGGACUCAUGUGCGGGUGUCAAGGGCAAACUGGUUCUGUACAAGCUGAUUCUAAUUAUCAACUACUCCAAGCUCGAGAUCUUUUCGCAGCCCGAACAGCGAUCUGCGCUCAGUGCUAAUACCGUCCGGUGGAUCGCGCCUCACUGGGGUCAUAUCGAGGAAGUGACAGAACAGUGGCGCGAUCAAGUAAGGCUGUGCUGCUCGGUCGUCGCUAGCCACAUUGACUAUGUUGGCAACGAGAUCCCCGAUUAUAUCCCGAAGAUUAUCGAGUCAUAUCUCGUGAUUCAGGCCACCCCGCGAACACCGAAGACGCGUUUGUCUCUGCUAUUCCCUACUUCGUACCCAUUCGUCAACAAGAUCCUGCCCGAACCCGUAUCAUUUGAUGAAGCCCUUAUUGAAUUGUCGGCCGUCUUGUCUGCGCUCUCCACUUCGCCCGCUGGUGGAAUGCAGCUGGAGUUGGCGGAUGGCGAUCUGACGAGCCUCAUGGAACAGACGCUGCGUGUCCACAAGAGCAUCCUGUCAGGUGAAGCCUUCCCACCCGAGUGGUUGAGCAUCCACAUCUACCACCACAAGUCCACUAUGCGGACCCUUCAGUACCUCGCGGGCAUCAUGCUCGAAUCGUUCUUACCAGACCCGGAGGAGGCCGAAAAUUUCAACACGGAGCUCUGGAAGCUGUUCUUCUCAACUCUGCUGAAGCUCGUUGGUAGUUCCUCCCUUGCAUUAGAAACUUUCCCCGAGCAGAAACGCAGGGCCGUUUGGAAGAUUGCUGGGGACGUGCGUGAACACGGGGCCGAACUCUUGCGCCGAACCUGGAGCGCUAUUGGUUGGGAGACGAGCGCAGACGAGAGGGAGUACUUCCCCUUUGGAAAGAUGGGCGGAUACCAAGUGCAAUAUGUACCCUCUCUUGUUGGUCCAAUCGUUGAGCUCUGCCUGAGCGUCCACGGCGGUUUGCGCAAGAUGGCAGUCGAGGUGUUGCAGACGAUGAUGGUUAGUGAAUGGACCAUUAGUGAGGAUUUGUCCGCUAUCCAGACGGGGAUAAUCGAGUGUCUUGAUCAGUUCUUCAAGACGAAGCCCAUGACCGAGAGCAUUCUGCAGAAACUCUUUGUCCAAGAGCUUUUGGACCGCUUUGAGCCGCUCGCCGAGAACCCCGAAGAUGACCUGCUCAAGGCUGUAAAGGAUUUGAUGUCCACAGUCGACCAGUUCCUCGAUCUCCUCGUCGCCGUCCGUAGCGGAGACGGUACAAACGAGGCUACGCACCUUAUCAACCGUCUCAGACUUAUGGAGUUCCUACGAGACAUGCGAAAGGAGGAGAUCUUCGUGCGCUACGUGCACCAACUUGCUGUGCUGCAAGCAGAGGCAAGGAACCACGCGGAGGCGGGUCUGGCUUUGAGGCUGCACGCGGAUCUCUACGAAUGGGACCCCAUUAAGCAGGCGGCACCUCUCUACGACCCUGACUUCCCCAUACAGUCUCAAUUUGAGCGAAAGGAGCGCAUUUACUUUGACAUGAUCAAACACUUCGAGGAUGGCGAAGCCUGGACUAGUGCUCUCGAGGCCUAUCGAGAGCUUCAAGUCCAGUACGAAACUAACGUGUUCGACUUCGCCAAGCUCGCCAGGACCGAGCGGGCGAUUGCCAAGAUUUACGAGACAAUCGUGAAGAGUGACAAGCUGGUGCCCAAGUACUACAAGGUUGUGUACAAGGGCCUUGGGUUCCCCACCAGCCUCCGUGACAAAGAAUUCGUCUACGAAGGGGGUCCGGCCGAGAGGACCUCCGCUUUCACGGAUAGAAUGCAGGAGCUGUACCCGGCUGCCCAGAUUGUUACGAAUGGCGAUGUUGACGAGGUCGAAGGCCAGUACUUGGUCGUCUCCUCGAUUACCCCUCAUCGCGAUACCGCCCACCACGUCUUCCAGAGAGCCAGAGUGCCGCAUCCCAUUCGCGAUUAUCUUCUGUCCGCCCACCCCCAGACCUUCUCCGUCUCCACGAAACGUAGUACUAGCGGACCCAUUACCGAUCAUUAUGCCGAGAAGCUCGUGUACACCACGGCCGAGCCUUUCCCCACCAUCCUUCGACGAAGCGAAAUUGUCGGCACGCACGAGAUUAAGCUAAGCGCUCGGGAGACGGCGCUCGAACGCAUCACGCGUAAGACGCAGGAGAUGAGCACGUUGGAGAAGCGCGUAAGUGAGGGCGACCUCGAGAGCGCCCGGAUCCUCUUUGAGACGGUGGCGUCAUCGGUGAACCCUGUCGCCGAGAAUAGCAUCGUGCGGUAUCGGGCGUUUGUUCCGGUGUCUGACAUGGAGGAUGAGGUGAUGGAGUUGGAACCUGAAGACAACGCGAUCAAGAUGGCUUUGGUGGAUCAUGCCUUUGUGCUUAGGAAGUGUUUGGCUACCUUUUCCAAGAGUUCUAUCGAUGCCUUGUCAAGGAAUCACGAGGAACUGCAGAGGUACUUUGAAAAUACCUUUGCUGCCGAGAUAGAACUCUUUAUGAUGCCCCAGCCUCCCCAGGAUGCCGGUUCUCCGCCUUCCGCCUGGAGACUAUCUCCCUUAACGGAGAAGGCUCCGGUGUCGAGCAUUGCGGUCACUAUGUCCCAAGACAUGGGUGGCGUUGAGGUAGCAAGUGCGCAUGCCGCUAAGGCCGGACGCGCGCCCCGGCUGAGCUUCCUUGGUGGUAAGAGGAAGGACCAGGGUAGCAGGCCCAACGGAGAACACCAGCAGUCGCACCACCAACAUCAAAAUUCUCGGUCACAGGCGAACCAGCAAGUGAGCAGCAAUGGUGACGCGGCUGGCGUUAGGAAUCGUUCUACUAGUCGAGGAAGCGGUAACAAUGCCCAGAACCGAAGAAGCUUCUUCCGAUCCCACCCAAUUGAAGUACCAGGGACCAACAACCACCGGCCGCCUUCUGCCAACGGCGGCGUCAAGGACCAUAGCAGUGACUGGGUGACGGAGACGCGCGGGCGUUCCAGUCUAGAUAUUGGUGAUAAGGACGGCGACAAGGGGGUCGGCAUCCACAAGAAGGGAAGCGUCAGGAGGCGGCUAAGCUUGUUGAAGAUUGGGAAGAAAAGCACUCCUAGGCCUGCAGCGAUGGGGGCCCUCGACGAAGAGUAG